AGCUGCUGCGUUUGGGAGUGUUACAAAGCCAAAGGGAACGCCUUUGAUGCGGCUCUCUGGAACGGCAAGUAGCCCACGGCAACAGAGCCCCUGUCUAACCGCUGUGCUUUCAAGAUCCGCUGGGUGGGUGUGUUCUGGGUCACUCUAGACAUGACGAACGGUUGUCUGUGGACUGUGAGCCUGCUGCUGGCUCUGCUGCUGCCGCUGGAAGUUCUUUCUCAGGAUUCCUUCGACCUGGCUGAUGCUCUGGAUGGUGACGAUGACAGUAAAUCAUUGACCCCUGCACCAAAACCAGCUAAACCUGCAGGAGGAGACUUUGAUCUGGAAGUCAGUGGCACCACCACCACCACCACCAAAGCCCCACCCAGGGUUAUACCUAAGGGUACAACAAGUCCCAAGGCCCCAGUCAAGCCUAAACCCAAGCCAGCUAAUGAUGACCUAAACCUUGCUGAUGCCUUGAACCCCAACAAUGACAUUGAUGGCAAGGAAAAAAACAAAGGACAGGGAGAUAGAUUUUCUGACAGUGAUCUGAUUGAUGUGAGCAAAGAUGACACGUACAAACCUGACAAAGGCAAAGGUGGAAUCUCAGGAGGCGACGGUGAUCCGAUUAACCAGCAUGAUGACCACAGUGAGACCACAGCUGAGGUGGGCACCAUUGCAGGGAUUGUCAGUGCAGUUGCCAUGGCACUGGUGGGUGCAAUAAGCAGUUACAUCUCCUAUCAGAAGAAGAAACUGUGCUUCGGUAUACAACAGAGCCUGAAUACUGAGAAUGUGAAGGCUGAGAACCCUGAAACUGUGGUGGUUACAGAACCACAAGUCCAACAGACUCUCCUGGAGCCAUCCAAUGCUGAGCCUCCCGCUGAAGAAAAUGCUGUCUGAAUACAUUCACAAGGUCACCCACAUACAUAUCCCCUCACAAAAUCCCUCACCUAAAUCCUGCACACACUCGCAAACAGGACCUUUCAAAAUGUACGUGUAUAUAGGGAUUUAUUGCUUACUAUUUGAUCACAUCCAACUAGGUUGCAGCUUUUUUAAUUUUUUGCAUUUUUCCCUAUUGACACAUAACUGAUUUUUGUGUCCAAUAUUAUAUCUUACUUUUGUGGUUGGAAUCCACCUGAAGUGGAAUAACAUGUCACAGAAUCCUGUCUGUGCACUGCAUAGUUUUAAAGGGAUAGUUCACUGAAAAUCCGCUCAUUAUCUACUCACCACUAUGCCGGUGGAGGGGUGAGUGAUGUGUUUGAGUCCACAAAACACUUUUGGAGUUUCAAGGGUAAACAGUGUUGCAGCCAAAUCCGUUACAAUUGUAGUAAAUGGUGACCACUUCUUCAAAUGUAAAAAAAAACAUGAAAUGCCUCCAUAGUGCCUCUGUGGUGUUAUCCGAGUGUCCUUCGGCCCCAACAUUCAAAUUUGGGUAGACAUUUAUUUUUGGGUGAACUAUCCUUUUAAGGAAGCAUAGACCCUAGAUUUCCGUUCCAAGCCUUGUGGCAAGUAAUUAUGGAAUCACUGGGGAAAUGUUGAUAAAAUGCAUAAAUGGUCAGUUAGUAGAUAAUGAAUGAACACAUUGUCAUGGUAAUAAUCAUGUAAUAAUGAUACAAACUUAGCUUAUUCCUAGAAAAUGUGACAUUUCAUUUGUUUUAUAAGUUUUUCUGUUUAAUGUGUUAUUAUGAAGUCAUAAUCGGUGAUUAUAAUGCUGUUUGUGAAGAACAUGAUCAGGGGUUUCUGAAGUUAAACAUUUGAUAAACCACUGCUUUUUAAUGGGCUUCAAUAUGAGCUACUUGUCCAGUAGUGGGCAAGGUUAUUAUUCAAAGGCCUGAAGUAACUGCAGGGAACCUCUCUUAUGUGAACUGACAGUUUCAUCAUUAGUUGUUACACGCUGUUCAUGUUUCUAUAUAAAGUACAGAGUUGCAUCCUUUGCAGUGGGGAAAAUAUGGCAUCUAUAUAUUUCUUUGUAAUCAUAACCUGUGACCUUUUAUACUGUAAAUAGCCUGGCGCUUUUUUCAACUGGCCUUUAACAACAGUUUUUUUUCAAGGUGAUAAUGGUAAAAUAAUUCUGAUAAGAACUGUGAAGGACUAAGUGGUUGACAAGGAAUUGACAAGAGUCAAAUCAACACUUAGGAGGAUGAAAUGAAGAUUGCUAAAUCAGUUGUGCUCUGGCUUGAGUUGAAAAGUGCACAGCGUGUUUUUUUCUCCCUCGAAAUAACAAAGGAGUCUGACCCAUCAAUGUUUUAUCGUGUAAGCGUUGAGAUUCAGUAUGUACAGAAUAUAAUGUAUCUCGAUCCCAUGGUGGCCAUCAUUUCCAUCAGUGUGAGAAAUCCUAACAGAAGAGUGGCAAAUGCAUGAAACCAUUGUGUGUCGAGGCAUAAAUAGACUAACAUUUCAGUAAUAAGUACUCUUAUUUAUUAAUUAUUAUUAAAAAGCCCCCGCAUUAUUUUAUUUUUUUAUGCGAUUCUGGAAACGUUUAUAUUAAAAUGCAACAAUCCUGGUCAAACUUUGCUCCAGCCCAUUCAUCUGGGUGGAUAUGACUCUCCCACAAUAUAGUUUGAAGUCCUUUCAUUUCAGUAGUGACAUGUGCAAGUGGGUGAUUUUUUGCAAAGUAACUUAAAUCAAUAUCCAUGUAUGCUUCAACCACCUCAAGGGAUAAUAGGGUCACAAGUGUAUGAGGCUGUAACUUUGGGGGUCGAGGGCUGAAAAGUUUGGGAACCUCUGUUCUUGACAAAGUAGUGAAGACAAAUGAGGCAGUUUAAAAUGGCCUCCAUGGGAAUAGGAUCUACGUGAGUAGAAAGGUGAUGGUGAAAGGAAGUCAGAGAAGGACUGACAGGAAAUAAAAAGAAUGAAGGUUGAGUGAUUAAUGAAGGCAGACAAUAUUGUGAAUCCAUUUGCACUGCCACAAAUUAGCAUUUAGAAAAAAACAGAGCUGUGCUUUAGUUGCUUAAAUGAAGUUAGCAUCAGUAGUUUGCAUUAGGAUCUUGACUAGUGUCAUUGAAAAACUGUGAUGGUUGUACAUUUUUCUGUGAGCAGUUCUGUGUUUGUACUAAUAGCAGCAUGUAAAAGAUAACACAUUUGAUUAUAUCCAUGUGUGUGUGUGUGUGUGUGUGUGUGUGUGUGUGUGUGUCUUUGUCUGUGUGUGUGUGUGUGUGUCGACAUGCUUUGCUGGUUCUUUUUACACUUUGUACCCAAAUUACUUUUCCUAAUAACUUGGCUUAACUUUUAGUAUGCAUGUCUUGGUGAUUGUGUUUGUUGUGUCCUGCCAACACUUUAUUUUCCUAUAACUUGGGCCUUUAAAAUGGUUUCUGCACUGAUAUCUACAGUCUUGUGUAUUUGAUAUUUUGUAAAUCUCUACAAUUGAGUCAUUUUGGGUGAGGUCUCUUGAAAUGUGAAUGGGUCAUUGGCAAUGAAUGAACAGAGCCAAUCAACUGCUCUUCCACCACCUCCAAAAAUACACUGCCACUCACACAGCAAAUUCAUGUGUUUCUUUGGAGCAAGUACACACAUGCAUAAUUGACGUGAACUUGGCAUAGACAGUGAUUGCUAACUAGCUACCAUCAUGCAUAGUGACAAACGUAUUGUUUCCUGUGAAACUAAAGCUCAGAAUACACUUUCGGUUCAACAAAACUGCCCAUGACCAUGAUGAAGUCUGGAGGCCUGUUCACCGCCCAACAUUUGUUUCUGCCCUGGCAGCUGUAAUUCAAAUGGUGAUUUUCUCUGCCUUAUAAACUGCUCAGUCCCACAAGGACACACUGUUCCUCUAACAACCCCCAACAUGCACAUGAUCAACACCCACUGCUUUCCAUCCUUUGGGUGGUUACCUUGUCCCUUGGGUACCAAUGAAAGGUGUGGGUGCUGAGAGCUGAACUCAACACAAAGCAAACAAAAAACCACAAAGCCACUGUUUACUGAAUGUAUUAAAUAUCUUCUUGAUCUGUAGCAAAAACCGAAACAGAUUUGACCAAAGAUAAUUAAGAUUGAUUUUGCUGUUGUGUAUUGGAGUUAAAUUUGAAUCUUUGUGAGAACAAGGCCUUGAAAUUGUCAUGAAGGACAAACAUUGAAUCUGAUCACAAGUCUGAAUGUAACGCAGAUGUCCUCACACCUCAAGUGCAACAUUGACAUUGAUAGUUAGAUGGAAAAUGACACAGUAGAAAACAUAGAAAUCCCCUUCACGUUCAUGAAAAGACAGUACACCUGAUAUCUUACAAAUAAUGUGUAAUUACCUUUAAAAUGUUUAUGUAGAAAGUGUUUGAAUAACUCCCACUGUGGCACUGUGGAUGCUUUUAGACACCUGUAGUUCUGCUGUUUGCAUGUGGUUUCCAGACUGGUCUGAAAAAAGAAUAUGAAGACCAGUCCAACCUACUGCUGCUGAAGGCCUGUGGGCCAAGGUCACAAAGGUUAGGUGUGGUCAUUAUAACAGAAACUGUAAAUGUAUUUAUCAGGCCGGCAGACAAUUGGCAGGUAAUUGAACUUUCAAUGAAUCAAAAGUGGAUCCACAAAUGCAAGCAGUGGCCUGAAGACGGGAGGUGUUUUACAAAGUGUGUUUGAAUGAAUCCAGAACAUCAUGGUGACAUCAAGACAACACCUUUUAAUUGGUGUUCAUCAAAGCACUUGUGGCUUCUUAAACCAUAAAGAGCUUCAAAGUAGGGCUGCACGAUAUAUCAGAAAUGUAUUGUCAAUGCAAUAUCAACGUGUGCAAUGUAUGUAUCUCUAUCAGACUCAGCUGACGUCUCUGACUUACCAGUUUAAUCAUUGAUUUGUUUGAAAUGACGCCAUAAUAUCAACACUGAUCAUCACAUAAUGAUCAAUACUUUUCUGAAUGAGUUUAAUCCACCUCUGGCUUUUGAGCUUUCCAUGGAUGUUGUGUUUUUUUCAGUGUCUUCAUAGACCCCUUACUGUAUUGGGUCUAUAUUAGUAGUGAAUCCAAAUCAGAAAGACUUUAACACCGUAUACUUGAGCAUUUGUUUAUUUCUCGAAAGUCAUAUCGCCAUCGCGAUAUUCAACAAGGUUAUCGCAUGUUUUCCUAAUAUCGUGCAGCCCUAGCAGAACCAGUAUGUCAGAGAAAGUAGAGUGCAGCCAUCUUGAGUUCUAUAACAUAAUGAAGACUUUCAUGUGACAAAAAGCAGACUACAGACUGUAUAUGGAACUGAAUGAUUUAUUAUUAUCCCACAUUUGUGAAAGUUAAUUUAUUGGAUUUAUAGGACUUCUUAAAUAUAACCUUGCCCCCAGGAACUGUCUGUUAAACCAGAAACAUGGCAGCAAUGAAGGAGCAAAAUACCAGCUAACUGCAUAAUGUAAAAUGUAUAGGCUUAGUGUUAAUAUUGUUAUUUUAUUUAUGUGACACAAGUAACCAAGUUAAUUAUCAUCUAAUCUGUUUCUAUACAUGCAGAUGUAGGUUUGAUCAGUUCAUCUUGGAUAAUAAUUUAUAGAAGGUAUAGAUAAUGGGCCGAUUGAUGUGACAAAAAGAGUGUGGAUUGUACUCUUCGACUCAUGAUUGACUGACAGUAGGUAUACAUUCAAGACAGAUUUGAGGGACUUAAAGAUUGCUUGUGUCAAAUCAGGGUAACUCCCUAUAUAGAGGGUAGGACCCUGGAUUAGAUUUAAACGUUUUGUUCUCACUGUUGCAAGCCUUACUCCUAAACUGAUCAACUAAAGCAGACUAAUUGAUAAUAAGCCUGGAUAGUGGUUGGUUAGUUUGCUUUGUUAAACAUUUCCCUGGUUUCAUAACUCUGAAUGAGAUCUGUAGUGUAUAUUAUGACAGUUGUGCCUGAGAUCUUUUUUGGGAGCAGUCACAUGACAAUGACCUGUCAAACAUGCUUGCUGCCACCCUGACUGUCUACUGCAGUACACUCAAGUGCCUGCACUGCAUUUCCCUCGCUCUAGUGCCUCAACGUGCCAUGUAAAGCCACUAUUCUGCACCUUAACAUUGUCAUUAAGUUAUGUCUCUUUCCCUGAAAACCAAAAGUGAAAAAUGACUUACUUACAAACUUACUUGUUUGGUAUUUGAGGGCUGGCUUUUUUUGAGUUACUGGCUUGUCACAUACAACACAUACUCACUUAUCCUGUACACUGCUUUCCUACACAUAAACACCAUGCAUGCUUUUCUCUGCAUCCUGUAUACACACUUAAAAUGUAGCUUACAAGUGUUGAACUUUGUAUGUAUAGUUAAUGUUCAUUUCUUAAGUGUAAUAGUGAGCUUUCCUUCUUACUCGACAAUGAUUAAGAAUUCUCUGGCAAUAUGUUACAGGUGUUGUAUGUGUUAAUACUAUGAAAUAAACAGUUUCAAAAGACAA